CCGAGCAUCACAUUUAAGAGGGCUCAAGACAAUCUGUGAUACAUCCUGAGGACUCCUUCAGCAUGCUGGUGGCUUCCUAGAAGAUGACCAUAGAGGACCUUCCAGAUUUUCCAUUAGAAGGAAAUCCUUUGAUUGGAAGAUACCCCUUUUUAUUUUCAGGUUCUUAUACACCAGUUAUCUUUUCCAUUUCCGCUGCACCAAUGCCUUCAGACUGUGAGUUUUCCUUCUUUGAUCCUAAUGAUGCCUCAUGCCAGGAAAUUCUCUUUGAUCCCAAAACUUCCGUCUCAGAAUUAUUUGCCAUUUUAAGACAGUGGGUUCCUCAGGUCCAGCAAAACAUUGACAUUAUUGGAAAUGAGAUUCUUAAGAGAGGUUGCAAUGUGAAUGAUAGAGAUGGACUGACAGAUAUGACUCUUUUACAUUAUACUUGCAAGUCUGGAGCUCAUGGUAUUGGUGAUGUAGAGACAGCUGUAAAAUUUGCAGCUCGACUUAUUGACCUGGGAGCAGAUGUCAGUUUGCGGAGUCGCUGGACAAAUAUGAAUGCUUUGCAUUAUGCUGCUUAUUUUGAUGUCCCAGAACUUAUAAGACUGAUUUUGAAGACCUCAAAACCAAAAGAUGUGGAUGCCACUUGCAGUGACUUUAAUUUUGGAACGGCUUUGCAUAUUGCAGCGUAUAACUUGUGUGCAGGUGCUACAAAAUGCUUACUGGAGCUUGGAGCAAACCCCGCAUUUAGGAAUGACAAAGGACAGAUCCCUGCUGAUGUUGUUCCAGAUCCAGUGGACAUGCCGUUGGAAAUGGCCGAUGCUGCAGCCACUGCUAAGGAGAUCAAGCAGAUGCUUCUAGAUGCAGUGCCCCUGUCGUGUAGCGUCACAAAGGCCAUGCUUCAAAACUGUGAUCACAUUACUGCCAAGUCAAUGCUUACCUCUCUCGGCUUGAAGUUAGGGGAUCGUGUGGUCAUUGCAGGACAGAAGGUUGGGACAUUAAGAUUUUGUGGAACAACUGAAUUUGCAAGUGGGCAGUGGGCUGGCAUUGAAUUAGAUGAACCAGAAGGAAAAAACAAUGGAAGUGUUGGAAAAGUCCAGUACUUUAAAUGUUCCCCCAAAUAUGGUAUAUUUGCACCUCUUUCAAAGAUAAGUAAAGCAAAAGAUCGAAGGAAGAACAUAACACACGCUCCUUCCAUGAAAGCCGUGCCUCUCAUCAGGUCCCAGAAAAUUGAUCUAGGUCACGUCACCUCAAAAGUGAAUACUGGAUUGAUGACAUCAAAAAAAGAGAGUGCUUCUGAAUCAGCACUUUUGUUGCCUCCUAGUGAAGAAUUGAAAACUUUAACAGAGAAAGAUGUUACCCUGCACGGAUCCAUCAGCAGCUCCUCCUCUACAUCUUCUUUGGAACACAAACAGAGCUACCCCAAGAAAGCGAAUUCAAGCAGCAAUAACAAGAAGACCAUGAGCAAAAGCCCUUCUCUGCCAUCUCGAGCCAGUGCUGGUUUGAAUUCCUCAGCAACAUCUAUAGCAAAUAAUAGCCGUCGUGAAGGGGAGCUCCGCCUUGGAGAUAGGGUGUUGGUGGUUGGCCAGAGAGUUGGUACCAUUAAGUUCUUUGGGACAACAAACUUUGCUCCAGGGUAUUGGUACGGUAUAGAGCUUGAAAAACCCCAUGGCAAGAAUGAUGGUUCAGUUGGAGGUGUGCAGUAUUUUAGUUGUUCUCCAAGAUAUGGAAUAUUUGCUCCCCCAUCCAGGGUACAAAGACUAACAGAUUCCCUGGAUACUCUUUCAGAAAUUUCUUCAAAUAAACAGAAUCAUUCUUAUCCUGGUUUUAGGAGAAGUUUCAGCACAACUUCUGCUUCUUCCCAAAAAGAGAUUAACAGAAGAAAUGCUUUUGCCAAGUCCAAGACCGCUUUGCGUCGCAGCUGGAGCAGUACCAGCACAGCAGGUGGCCUUGAGGGGAGUGUGAAGCUGCACCGGGGCUCUCAGGUCCUGCUCACGAGCUCUAAUGAGAUGGGUACCGUUAGGUACGUGGGCCCCACGGACUUUGCUUCAGGGAUCUGGCUUGGACUGGAGCUCCGAAGCGCCAAGGGGAAGAACGAUGGCGCCGUGGGUGACAAGCGCUAUUUCACCUGUAAGCCAAACCAUGGAGUCUUAGUUAGACCGGGAAGAGUGACCUAUCGGGGAAUCAAUGGGUCCAAACUUGUGGAUGAGAAUUGUUAAGCUUCUGAAGUAUGAGUCGAGCUCAAAAGUGUGUGUGCACAGUGCACACGCACACCGUAUAAAAUAAGAACCCAUGGCAUAUGGUUUUACUUUCUUUAGCCAUUACCUAACAUGUGGAAAUGCAGCGUAUAGUCAUCUUCGUACAAACCCUUACAACAAUGAGAGUGACUCCUUAAAAGGCCACAAGCAUGAGCUCUAGAUAUCAUGGUUCUCUUAAAAGGUUUCCAAAUAAGCACUUUUAAAAGCUUUAAAAGCUUUAGGUCCCAAGAAAAAUUCCAGGACUCAAAAAAGGAAGAAAAGAAAGAAUAUGCCACCAGGUGAUAAAUGGAUGUAUUGCUUUGCUUGUUGUGUUUCAUUUUUGCACAUGAUGUUGGAUUUGUCACGAUUGUGAAGGUUUUCACUAGCUUUGGUUAACACAGUGUUCACAUGACCUUUUUCUGUCACAUGUUUUCUGAGUUUUUCUUUCUGUCUGAGUUUUAUUCCUAAUAAUUACCUUAAGGUAAUAGCAACUAGGUGUAUUUUUUGAUAUUUCUGAUAAAAUCAUGUGCCCCUUCAGGAAUGGCUGACGUCAAGGUGUGUUAGAAUGUGGGAGGUGGAUGAACCCUGGGCAGUCUGGCUUGGCCUCUGGCCCCUUUGCUGAAUACAGAAAUGGAAUCUGUCCUACCCAGGGCCACCAACUAGUUGGUUGGCAAACAACCAUGGAUCUCCUGACUUGUGGCUCAGUGCUUUUUUCCCUCUAUGCAAAGUAGGUAACCUCCGAGUUUUCUUCUGCUGCUUGCCUGUCUAAUCUGUAUGAACUACAGAAAACUCACAAUUAAGGUUUAUGAAUUCAAAUCAGAAUGUUUUGCACAUACUUAUUUAACUUCUUCGCUAGAUGUAUCUAUCUCACACACGUACACACACACGCUCACUUGUGCACACAUGCACGCACACUCAAAGCACUUUUAAAACAUGAUGCACUUUCAUCUUUGUAGAUUCUUUGACAUCCUUUCCUCCUGGAAUAUGAAAAACAUUUAAAAAACGUAUUCAACAGAAGAGAGCAAAUUAAGAUGUGUCAGGAAGGGCGUAUUACUUGUUCAUUUAAAUGUGUGUUGAUUCCCGGGCUUCUUUGUUCUGUCACUGGUCAGCCUGGUGUUGUUGGCUGCAGUGGCUGUUCUUCGCCCCCAGAGGUUGCAGAGGUCAGCCUCUUACAGAGCGACAGACGGCACUGUGUACCACGUUCCUCCUUGAGUAUUUGUUACAAACUAAGCUUUGCUAGAGUGAUGUAAUAAUGUCCAAAGUCUGUCUUGAGUAUAUGUAUUGAAGUUUCUGUCCUAUGUGUGUAAAGAUUUAUUGUAAAUAUUUAGACUCAAACUACCACAGAAAUAUUGGAACAGUUUAUAAGAUUAAAAGUAUCCUUCAGAAUGGAGCUUGCUUUGUGCUUAGAAAUAAAAUAUGCUGAACUAUUUUGCAAUAUACUAUUUUAAAAUCUAAAUUCUGUUACUUUGUUGCCUUUUUUUUUUUUUUAAAAAGUGUGGUAUGUCAAUAAAUACUGCUAGACUUAUUUUCCUGAAAUACAUUUGCAAAAUAAGGCUGCUUUAUAACCAAGGAUUAUUUUUAUUGAUUGAAGAAAAUAAGUGUGCUGUGAUUUAAAAGUAGAUUUAUUUUAUUAUAUAGAUUAUUUCUUAAAAACUAUUUAUACCUGAACAUGAAAUCCAUGACUAUACUGAACUUGAAAUUUAUAAUUCUGUUAAAUAUAAAACUCUCCAAGUUAAAAACAGUAAUGCCAACACUGAAUUUAUUUUUGAUGUCAAAGAACCAAUUCUCAUCAUAUUCAGAUCAAGAUUAUUAAAUCCAUUUAACAUGUGUGUUUACAUAUACUAUACAUACAAAUUAGGUGUUUCCAUUGUGUUUUGCUUAUUAAAUGUCAUUCAAAGUUCACUUCUGGAGCAUUAAUAAAAAGGGAAGCUGCUUGGUUUUGGAA